GCGAAGCCUUUCCGUCAAAUAUAAGCGUCAGGAUAAUAUCUGAUAAUAAUCUUAUAUCCUUAAAUGUAUUUGUGAUUUCUUUCUUUGUUUGUGUUUUAAUUGAGUGAAAUCAAGGAUGGCAGAAUAUUUAGCUGCCAUUUUCGGCACAGAAAAGGAUAAAGUAAAUUGUUCGUUUUACUUUAAAAUUGGCGCCUGUCGACAUGGAGACAGAUGCUCCAGAAUCCACAACAAACCCACCUUCUCUCAGACAUGCUUAUUGCAGAAUUUAUAUGUGAACCCACAGAACUCAGCCAAGUCUGCCGAUGGUAGCCAUCUGGUCGCAAAUGUUUCUGAUGAAGAAAUGCAAGAACAUUAUGAUAACUUUUUCGAGGACGUCUUUGUGGAGUGUGAAGAUAAAUAUGGUGAAAUUGAGGAGAUGAAUGUAUGUGACAAUCUUGGAGACCACCUAGUUGGCAAUGUUUACAUUAAGUUUCGACGUGAGGAAGAUGCAGAAAGGGCAGUAACUGAUUUAAAUAAUAGAUGGUUUGGUGGUCGUCCAGUUUACGCCGAAUUGAGCCCAGUCACGGAUUUCCGUGAAGCUUGCUGUCGCCAGUACGAAAUGGGAGAAUGCACUCGAUCUGGUUUUUGCAACUUCAUGCAUUUGAAGCCCAUUUCUAGAGAACUCAGGAGAUACUUAUAUUCGAGGAGGAAAGCCGGUCGUAGGCGUUCCAGAUCCCGUUCACCGAGAAGACGUUCUCGCUCCAGGGAAAACAGAAGAGGAGGUUCCCGUUCACCGCGCCAUCGGGCAGGAAGAAGUGGAAGAUAUUGAGGAGUGGAGUCAUGUAAGGAAGUUGAGGUGGAGAGAAGCGCGAUUCAUAUUCAUUUCCAGUUUUUAAGAAAGUGCUGACAAAUUGAUUUUCAUUUUGAUAACUAUACAAACGGAUGACCUGCGUUGAAGAUAUUUGUGUUUCUUUCAUUAUUAUAUUAUAUAUCAUACGUUCGUUUAUUUCAUUAUCUUAUUAUUUGUUUUCAGUUAAAUUCACUCGAAACAACUUUGUAAUUAGCUUUAUUAAGAUGCAAACAGGGAUAUUGGGAAAUAAAUCUGUUUCCGCGUAAAGAAAAAAAAAUGUUUUAUACGAUUGAAAGUAAUAUUAAGAUUUCGCAUGAAUGUGUAUCUAAUGAUUUUAGUAAUGUAUUCAUAAGCACAACUAGUUUGAGUACAAUGAGUUUCAUUGAAUAAAGAAACAUCGUAAACUGA